AACAAUAACACCCAAAGUAACAAUAAUGACUUAGACGCCCUCGGCAGGCCUCGGCCCCUCGAUCGUUUCACCUCUCUCUGUACUGUUCGCGCAUCUUCGUCGUCGCGUCCCUGUUCGUCCGUCGCACGUCACCUUCGCCACUGUACCGCCGUCGCACAUCGUCUCUGUUCCCGCCGACUCUCCUCUCUGAUUACUGCGUGCUCUGCUCCGUUCGCCGCCUUUGCCUCUUCAUCUCGCAGCCGCAUUUGCCUCCUCCUACCUGUGCUUCUGCUACCUCUUCUCCGUCGGUCUGCUCUGCCUCUUUACCUCUGCUUUGUUAUUUGUUCUUCAAUUUGGCGCUUCAGACAAGUGACAGCAGCAGGUAGGGUGAGGUUGCAACAACGCACCAGUUCACCAGAAUCUGAUUCUGCCAAAGAUUGAUCAAUUGCCAGCCUUCCAGUUGUGUGGACUGGGGCGCCAGUAAAUUCCUUUUUACAAAGGAGAAUAACCGGGAACCAAAGGAAUGGAUAUGUACAUUCGUGUUAAACGUAGUAAGACAACAUACUUCAUCAGGUGCAAGCCAACUGAUAAAAUUCUGGACAUAAAGCUUAAGUUGCAGGAACUUGUUGAUCAGCCUGCUAAUAACCAAAGGUUAAUCAUACCUGCUACAGGGGAAGUAUUAGAGGACUCGAGGACUCUGGCGGAUCAAAAGGUUGAAAAUGAUGCAGUUGUUGCACUGACCUUGAGAAAAGAUGAUAAUGAGUUUGAGGAGGUCAACAUUGUUCGGCCAAAUGAUUUCUACCAAGCGCGUGAUGCAGAUGGUGCUAAUUGGUAAAGCAAUAUUCCACCAAAUAAAGUUUACGUUGUUAGCCCUAAGUGUUCUAUCCAAUUAAUCAUCAGGUAGCCCAGUAAAAUCUUUAGUGGCUUAGCUAACACCUGCAAGUAUUGAUCAAUUGUGUGGUUAAUAAUGUAUCUGUUUGUGUAAUACUGCUAUUAUUGUCUGAAAAGUAAAUCCGGCACUCCGAGUUUAAAACUUGUGAUGAAGGUCUUGAAUGUCCUUAGGGUAUGUGUGGUUAGAAGAAUGUUCUUACAUUUAGAAAUUUUACACUCAAAAUCUUACGUCGGAAUGAUUUUAUAAUGUAAAAUUGCUAGAAAUGUGAAAGCUUUUCACGAA